AUGUCCAACAACACCCUCUCCCCUCCCGCCAUCACCCCCAAUGCGACCCUCACCGACCUGCAGGCCGCCGCGGCCGAGCGCAAGUCUCUCGACGAGCGCACCGUGUCUGCUGCCGACGGCGUGAUCAAGGCCAAGACCGAGAGCGAGGCCGACGACCUCCCCGCCGACAACGCCAACGCCGAGCCCAACGCCCUCGCGUCCCUCGGUCCCGGGCGCAAAAACUACCUCAUGCUCGUGUUCUGUAUCUCCAUGUUCAUUGACGCCGCCGGCGUGUCGGCCACCUUCCUCAUGACGGCGCCCAUCGGCGAGGACCUGCACAUCAAGCUCGCGAACCAGGCGUGGAUCCUCGGCUCGUACUCGCUCGCAUUUGCGUCUACCCUCCUCUUCGCCGGCCGCCUCGCCGACCUGUUCCCCCCAAACAUCAUCUACACGAUCGGCUUCUUCGGCCUCGGCGUCUUCUACCUCAUCAUCUCGUUCAUGACCAACGACUACGCCUUCUACGUCCUCCGCGCGCUGUCGGGCCUGCUUGCCGUCCUCACGGUCCCCUCGUCCAUCAACAUGAUCAUCCAGAUGUACCCCGAGCCCGAGGAGCAGGCCAAGAAGCUCGGCCUGUUCGGCAUGUCGGGCGCCCUCGCCAACACGAUCGCGCUCGUGCUCGCCGGCGCGUUCGUCACCGCCAGCUGGCGCUGGUACUUCCGCUUCAUCGCCAUCCUCGUCAUCCCCUUCUCGGUCGGCGCCUGGUUCCUCAUGCCCCGCACCAAGGCUGUCGCCGAGGACAUCAAGGGCUCGGAGAAGUGGAAGCGCAUGGACCUCGUCGGUGUGUUUAUCAUGAUCGCCAUGCUUGUCUGCUUCAUCCUCGCCUUCACCCAGGCCCCGCUCGAGGGCUGGAACAAGCCCAUCUUCAUUGCCCCAAUCGUCAUCUCGGCCGUCCUCCUCCCCGUCUUCCUCAUCUGGGAGCACCGCAUGCCCCACGGCUACAGCCUCCUGCCCCACAACAUCUGGAGCCUGCCCAACAUCUUCCCCCUCAUCAUCCAGGCCUCGGCCCCCUUCCUCUGGUUCGCCACUUACCAGCUCCGCAUGGCCUCGUACUUCCAGGACGCGCUCCACAACUCGGCCAUCAUGUCGGCCGUCAAGCUUCUGCCCAUGGGCGUUACCGCGCUGAUUGUCGGCGUCCUUACCCAGGUCUUCCCCCACCUCAUCACCCGCCCCCACUACGUCCAGCCCAUCGCCUCGCUCUUCGCCUUUGCCGGCACCAUGAUCCUCGCCUACUCGAACGGCGGCCACGGCCACGACUACUGGCGCUGGAUCUUCCCCUCUGAGAUCAUCGGCACAAUGGGCGCCAUGAUCGUCUUCAUCGGCAUGAACACGACCCUCAUCCAGGCCUUCCCGCUCGAGUUCGCCGGUGUCGGUGGCUCGUUCGCCAACGUCAUCUUCCAGAUCGGUGGUAUCAUCGGCAUUGCCGUCCAGACCGCCCUCAUCUCCACUGGUGACGGCCAGAUCGACGACUGGAAGGGAACCCAGAACGGCUACUUCUUCUCGUCGGGCUGGAUCCUCGCCACUGGUAUCAUCUUUGGUCUCUGGUACAGGCAGAGCAAGAUGCCCCAGCACGCUCAGGGUGGCGCCGCUGCCGUCGUCUAA